ACUGAAUCCUUCUCUGAUUGAUUCUCAUUCUGAAGGGUAAGCUGAUUAUAAGUACAGUGCUACCUGCGAGUCUAAAUUUAGGGAAAAAAGAAUUACCAUCCUAACUGUGAGGGGUUUUUUACCCCUGAGUUUGGGCUCUCAGGAAGUUCUCCCAGAUGCUCACCGACAGCCUCCACCAAUCAAAUGGUUAUGUGUUGGUUUCUCAUGUACUGGACUUCCCAGAGCUGCCAAUCAUUUAUAGCUCAAGAUAUGAUCAUUCAUGUUUUUGUGACCUGGAUUAAAGACAGUGAUGUAUAACAUAUGAAAAACAUUAGCAAGACUACAAUAUGAAACUACUCUGUUGUAAGUAAAAGAAAAAUGCCCACUGUGGCUGGUAAAAUAUUAUAUAUCACAGGUCUGUUACUGGAUUGUUUAAUACUGAUGCAUUAACAGUAAAAGCAGCAUUUUACUGUACUGUACAUCACAUUCAUACUUGUAAGUGGAAAUGAUGCACUCCAUCUUUCACUGUGUUUAACGUCUCUUUCCUUGCUCUCUUGUGCUCCAUUUUUGUUAACUGGAUUUUUUCUCCUUUUUAUUUUUGUUGCCUUUUUUUCUUAAUAUUUGUACUGUAUCAUCAUUUUGACCUUUGACUCCUAAUUUCUUUUCUUUUUUAUAAUUCAAUUUUUAUUGAUUUUAUUUAGGGUGGUACAUGACAGUUCCACACAUUAAAUGAGACAUUCAAUCUUGACAAACAAAAAUAAAAAUACAAUACAAACAGGGUAAUAGAGAUCCGUGCAAGACGAGGUACAGCACCAGUCCCAGUCUGCCAAAAAACAAUAAAAAUAACAAAAUCACAUUUGAAUAGAUAAACAUAUUUUAGUGGAAAAACUCAAUGAAAGUAUGGACCUAGUAUGGCAGAAUAUGGGAGCUUUAAUAGAAAUACAAAGAAGAAGAAAAGGAAGCAGAAGAAGAGGAAAAGGAAGCAGAAGAAGAGGAUCAAGAAGCAGAAGAAGAGGAUCGGCUCUGCCAAUCAUAGCAAAGGGGGCGUGGCUUAGCAUCUCUGCCUGUGACGCCAAACUCAGGGCAUCAAACUCCCAUCCUUUUCGAAUGAUGUUAGCUAACAUGGGAGUUUCAAGCUAACGAAGCUAACUGUCAACCAAAGGGACAUUUAACAGUUAUAUGAGUCGGUUUUAACGUCGCAGGACGACAUGCUGUGACUGAGCGGUGUCCUCCACUACAGCAGCAAUGUUGCCCUCAACCAGCAGCCUGGUCCGGUCUGCUGUCAGGCUGCUGCCGCGGAGAAACUGGAGCCGAGGAUGUGUCUGGUGCCCGUGCAGAAACAUUUCUGUGAAACCAGGAGGUUUGAAACCAAAGACAGUUCCACCUCGGUACCUGGGCCAGCCCAGCCCCUUCACCCAUCCACACCUCAUCAAACAUGGUGAGGUGACCCCAGGCUUGAGCCAGACAGAGUACGAGCUCCGCAGACACAGACUGGCCUCACUUAUCGAGGCCCAGUCAGACAGGCUGGGACCCUCUGCCUCCUCCAGCACCCAUGUGGUCAUCGUUUUGUCCCAUCCGACCCGCUACAUGACCAAUGACAUCCCUUAUCCCUUCCACCAGAACCAGGAUUUCCUCUACCUCAGUGGCAUCCUAGAGCCGGACAGUGCCCUGGUUCUUUAUGGAAAAGGACGACCAGACCAGGCCAUCUUAUUCGUCCCCCGCAGAGACCCAGGCAGAGAACUGUGGGACGGGCCCCGGUCAGGAAAGGACGGGGCUGCUGCUUUGACCGGCCUAGAGAGAGUUCAUAGCACAGAAGAGCUGUGUGUUGUGCUCAAGAGCCUUAAAGGCAAUGUGCUGUGGUACGACAGUUCUAAGCCCGCCCACCCUCGCCUCCACCAGGCUCACGUGAGUCCCGUACUGGAGGCGGGGCCGGUGCCGCACUCUGUCAGACCCCUCAUACACUCCCUUAGGGCCCUCAAGAGCUCAGCAGAGGUGGCACUCAUGCAAGAAGCAGGUCACAUCACAGCACAGGCCUUUAAGAGGACAAUGGCCAUGUCUCAAGGAGACAUUGAUGAAGCUGUAAUCUUUGCCAAGUUUGAUUUUGAGAAUCGGAUCCAUGGCGCCAACUUCCUGGCCUACCCCCCUGUUGUUGCUGGAGGGAAUCGAGCCAACACUCUGCACUACAUAAACAACAACCAGAUUAUCAAGGAUGGUGAAAUGGUUCUGCUUGAUGGUGGUUGUGAAUACUUUGGUUACGUCAGUGAUAUCACUCGAACAUGGCCAGUGAAUGGAAAGUUCAGCCCUGCCCAGGCUGAGAUGUACGAGGCCGUCCUGGAGGUCCAGCGCGCCUGUUUGUCUCUGUGCUCCCCGGGCGUCAGUCUGGAUCACAUCUACAGCACCAUGCUGGCUCUGCUGGGACGACAGCUCAGGCGGCUAGGCAUCGUCAAGGCCAGCACCACUGAUGCUGAUGUACUGAAGGCUGCACGGCGCUACUGCCCCCACCAUGUUGGCCAUUACCUGGGCAUGGACGUCCACGACACACCUGAGCUGUCCCGCUCACAACCUCUACAGUCAGGAAUGGCCAUCACAAUAGAACCAGGGUUAUACAUCUGCGAGGACAAUGAUCAGGCACCGGAGCGUUUCCGCGGCUUGGGUAUCAGGAUUGAGGAUGACGUGGUGAUCCGAGACAAGGGGGGCCCUCUGAUUCUGUCCUCUGGGGCGCCAAAGACCAUCGCUGAUGUAGAGAAGGCCUGCGCCCAGUGAUAGGGCAGGGAGAGACAGACAAGUCACCAAGUGAGCUGUGGCAUCGAUGGCAGGCAGUGUGCUGUGCUUUUCCAACCGUCUCCACAGUGAUGAUGUCAUCAGGCUCAGGGCCCAGGUACAUGAAUGACAGGUGGGAGCACACUGCAGGACUCUGGUUUAAGCCUCAGCGAGGCCUCAAACAUGUAGAAAUGUGGUGUGGAAGAUCAUAGAUUUUGUGGGUGCUUUUGUUGUCUACCUAAAUGUUUAAAGAAACUGGUUUUAUAUUUGUAGUUUUCAGUGAAUGAUGAUGAAGAGCUCAUCAGCUGUAAGAGGUGGGUUUAGUUGUGUGUGAAGGGGUUAUGGUGUAACGGACAUGUUCUUCCUCAAAAUACAUGUCAGGGCUCCAGCAAAACCACAUGGAGACCAUUCUUGAUCAUGUAUAACACAUCCAUUUUGUGUUGUGAUGGUGCUAUCAGUGGGUUAAUCCAACACUGAACUAUAAAUAAAAACCUAGAAACUACAGUCAACCUCUUCCAUCAAGUAUUCAGCUGAAGACCCAGCGGUUAGAUCCAGCAACCAUUUUGUUUUUCAGAAUUGCCACCUUCAUGUCACACCAGGACAUAAUUGUUUGCUUCUUGUCUCACUCAGAAAACUUUCUUUAAGCCUACAUACACACACACACUUCCUUUGUCUCUUACACACACAAAAAAGCAGAAGUCUUCCCCAGCUCACGCUACAGUAAAAAAGAUCAAAACACCAAAUUGUUGAACAUUCACCUACCGAGCUGCAGGAAGGUCAGGGAGACCCGCAGCAUGUCAAAUAAACACACCACCAUGUUAAUACACACAGGUGAUGAAUAAAGAUGUCUCACACAGCUGGUCCUGGUAAGCCUGGAAUGAUGGUAAUGAUUAUACCAAUACACUGAAAAGGCUUAUAAAGUGUACACUGAGAAGGGUGUGUGUGUUACGUGUGUCUCCUCAGCAGAGAAAUAUGAUCUUUUUUAAAGACACUUGUGUUUAUAUGUAUUAAAAAGAUGUCAUUGUCUCAUAUUUAAUGCAAAUACGUGAUUUUAUUUCAUA